UGCCGAGUUUACCUGAAGUUCUUCCGUACCUGAAAUCAUGCAUCGCUUGAUUCUUCUUUCCUUUGCGUUAAUAGCUGUCAUUUCUACCACGUCUACUGAAAUAAAGGCUUCUCCAGUGACAGUCAACGAUAUAGAGGCAACUUCUGGAGAUGAAAUUCACGAACUCGCAAAACGAGGUGGCAAGAUCAGGAUUCACAUAUUCGGUAUUUGUACAAUAGACAUCGAAUGGGGCAAAAAACGGUCUUCGUUUUACAGAUCCACCGAGAUCGGGCUAACUAUCACAUCAGAUACGACAGGGGAAAUCGUGUGGGAAGGACCUGUUAACAUAGCGGAUGGUGAAACAGAAGUUGAAGUAGCUUCCGAUUUCAAACCAGAUAAUAACACUCAGUAUACCUUCCAGUAUACUAGUAGCACUGGCGUUAGUAGCAGCAGUCAACCAGUUGACUGUGGUUCAGUCGAAAAAGACCCACACGUAACCACAUUUGAUGGACUCAAGUAUAACUUCAAUGGAAACUGUUCAUAUACAUUGACUAAGAGCUGUGAUAGUGGUAUCCACCCAUCGUUUGAAGUCACUGCUGAUUUCCGUGCAAGAAACCGUAGCUACCCAUACAAACCAGUGACAUUCAUGGUUGCGUUCAAUGUGAUCUCAAAUGGAAGACAACUGAUUCGAAUAAAUGAAGACGAUACAGUGUUGAUCAAAGGACAGCCCAUGACGCCACCAUCGGCAGAGAUUGGCAAUGAUGAAGGCUACGUCGAUGUAGAACAAAAUAGAAUCCAAAUACAUUUGAAGGAACCUGCUUUAUCUUUGACAUGGGAGAGACGGAUUCAUGGUUUAAACAUUGGAUUUAAUGACAUCAACCUGCGUGGUAAAGUGUGUGGAUUGCUUGGAAAUGAUGAUGGUAAUCCACACAAUGACUUCACUCUUCCGGAUGGACGACGAACGUUUCACUCCGAGGAGUUUGGAAAUAGUUGGGUAAUUCCCGACAGCUGUCCCUAAAGGUGCCAUUGAUGAUACGCGAUUGUGUGAUUAUGCUGCUACGGUGCUUUAUGGAUUAUAUCAUGAUACAUUAUGUUUUCGAAUUUUGUUUUAACUUAUUUUGGCUAGACAUAAUUACUGCAUAUUCUAAUGGGGGUUGGUUCUCGAAAUAUUAUCAGCAAAAUCUGUCCACCUUACUGUACUGUACUUGUUUUGGUUCAGAAUAAAACGGGGCGUAUAAUGGAA